AUGCUUCCCACGAUUCGACGACUCCAGGUUCCAGUAAUUUUCGUAUGGAUACUCUACGGUGUAGCCCUUGUGCGAGGGUCAGUUCUGAGCGCUCCCGAGUCUCAGAAGCCUCUUGGGCAUAUCGAGAAGCCUCUCGAUGAAGCCAAACAACCUCAGACGAUCGCGGCACUACUUAACGCGCUGGACGUGUUGGAGCACAAAUACUAUGCGAUAUGGGAGGGCAUUUGGCCAACAUCGAUUGACUGGACAUCUGCGGUGAUAGGGACAUAUCUAUCCGCCUCUCUACACACCAUCUCAACAUCCUUCCCCUCGUUCCCCUCAUUCAAAACCGCCGACAACAUCCUGAACAGAUACUUUUCGCAGCUCUCCGCCUCGUACUUUGGCCAAGAUUCUUUCGCCUUGCGGCAGGAAGCGUACGAUGAUAUGUUGUGGGUAGUGCUGGGAUGGUUGGAAAGCAUCAAGUUCGUCAAGAGUCAUUCUGCGGCCCACUACAGCGAGAACGAGAUGCCCUGGUAUGGCGAGCAAUGGAUAUCUUCUUUUGCACACCGGGCGCGGAUCUUCUGGGACUUGGCCUCCCAAGGAUGGGAUGUCUCCCUCUGCAACGGUGGCAUGAUCUGGUCGCCAUAUCUGGUUCCGUAUAAGAACGCCAUCACGAACGAGCUCUGGAUCACGGCUUCAAUCUCCAUGUAUCUAUAUUUUCCCGGCGACGAGAAUAACUCGCCAUUUGGACUGGCCACCCCGACUGCAGAUAGCCCUGGAAUUGCACACGACCCGAAGUAUCUUGCGGCGGCCAUCGAGGCAUAUAAGUGGUUGAUUGAAAGCAACAUGACUGACAAGCAAGGCUUAUACGUUGAUGGGUAUCACAUCUCUGGGUGGUCAGGCAGUGAUUUAAUGAACGAUUCUAAAUCUAACACUAAAUGCGAUUCUCGUAAUGAGAUGGUGUAUACGUAUAAUCAGGGCGUACUGUUAUCGGGCCAACGUGGACUCUAUGAGGCAACUGGUGCUCGAUCGUAUCUCGAGGAGGGCCACAAGCUCGUUCAAGAUGUCAUUGCUGCUACAGGAUGGAGCUUGACGCGCAACGGUGUCCUCGCCGACGAUGUAACACCUGGUCGCAAGCUGGGGAACUGGCAUGGACUUGGUCGCUCUGGCAUCUUAGAAGAAGCGUGCGAUGCAGAGGCAUACUGCUCUCAAGAUAGUCAGACGUUCAAAGGCAUCUUCUUCCACCAUUUGACGCUGUUCUGCGCCCCGCUGCCGGAGCAUCUGGUCCUCCCCAGCGAGUUGUUUCUCAGCAAAGAUGCCAGAAACGAGCUGCCUGGGAAUCCACGCGAGGUGAAAAGGUGGCAUGACCAGAGCUGUGCGCAGUAUGGCCGCUGGAUCAAACACAACGCUCAAGCAGCGCUCUCGACGAUUGACGCAGAAGGUAAAUUCGGCAUGUGGUGGGGUGCCCCUCCACACACUGAGCACGACCCCGUUGCUGAAGUCGAGCUGCCUCAUGAUGCUAUAGAUUAUCGAAAUAUGGGCAUCCCUCAGCAGUGGAAUAACAAGGGAAGUGAGGAUAGGCGAGACACCCCCCCAAAGAACCGGGACUCUCAGCCUCCUCAUCAGGAUGGUAAGAUUAAAGCCACGGAUCUGAAUGAUAGAGGGAGAGGGAGGACCGUAGAGACUCAAGGCGGCGGCAUCAUGGUCUUGAGAGCCCUGUGGGAGCUGGUAGAUUCCAGAUGA